AAGACCUGUUCAUGUACCGUGUUGACGACCAAGACAAACAACAGCCUGCCAAAUUCACUCUAGCAUUCCUCAUGGAAAAAUAAUUCUGAGCUGUAUCAGACAUUUUUGUCAUCUAGUUAUGAUUCUAGGAUUUAUAUAAAGCUGUGGAAAACGUUGUUUAUUGAUAGCUUGUGAUAUUGAGUGAAUAUGACUGAUUUAAAGGAGGAAGAAGAGGAGCUAAUAUUGCGGAGUAUUUCAAGAGUGAGUACCAAGACUCCGAAACAGAGUGCCAGGUCUAGGUACGUCCGAACACCAGCAUCUAAGCUACAUAGUCAAAGGAAGUCCAAUCUGAGCAGCCUUAGUCAAGGAGUUCUUAUUACUCAAUUGGCAGACAGUGACAGUGACUCGGAUUAUGACACUGACUUGGAUGAAGAUGAGCCAAAGCCACCCAGUCCAGAAAAAGUUAUAUAUGAAAAAGUGUGUAAGGAUGUGGGAGUGACACCUAUAAGCUACUACUAUAGACAUAUGAAAAAUAAAGAUUUUACUCUGCGCUAUCGUUACCCUGGUGGAAAAGGGUCGAGAGCAUUGUCCAUUCCUAUGCAGUUAAACAAACAGAUUGAAAAACUAGAUCUGACAGAUAAUUGUUUGGGACCAGGAGGAACAAGAUGUUUUACUGCAAUGUUAACAGAGAACACUAAUAUAACAGAAUUGAAUCUUUCAUUCAACAACAUUGGAAGAAGAGGGGCUAUUUUCUUGAGAGAUGAACUUGUGGAAAACACAAUUCUCAAGAAAGUGGAUAUUUCUGGAAAUGGCUUUGGGGACAAAGAAGCACAUUAUUUUGCCGAUAUCAUAAAAGGCAACCACUACAUUACAGAGUUGAACCUGAGUCACAAUGACUUUUGUUCUGAGGGUGCAAUAUUACUAGGACCUGCAAUAGCUCAUAAUGGUUACAUUGAGUAUCUAGACUUGAGUUGGAACCACAUCCGGCUGAAGGGGGCAGAAAUCAUCGCUGACAGUCUUAAGACCAACAAUGUAUUGAAGGUGCUGAAUCUUUCCAACAAUGGGUUUGCCAACCAGGGUGCUAUAGCAAUAGGUGAGUCUCUACAGAUGAACAACACACUCGAAGACCUAGAUCUCUCCAACAACCGCAUUGCGCCGGGUGGAGCUAUUGUAUUUUCCCAGCACUUACAUAGGAAUACCGGACUAAAAAUACUCAAGAUGGGAAUUAAUCCAAUUUUGUUCACAGGCGCAGUGGCAAUAAUCAAAGCAAUCGCAACAAGUGCCAAGAAUACUGUGUAUAGACUGGAUCUAACGAAAGUGACUGUCCACCAAGAGUUUAUGGACUGGGUCGCAGAUCUCCAGUUACGGAGACAUUUUGAAGUGAAGGUUGGUUUCUUGUCACGUGCCAAGGAGACGAAAGGGAUGUGGCGCGAAAAAGUGAAUAUGAUGAAUCCGUUACUCGUACUUUGUAUCUUCAUGCGUGAACAAGGAUUAAGAAUUCUUGAUCUGUUUAAGAACAUGGACAAGGAUCACAAUUAUUCAUUAACUCGCGAUGAGUUUAAAACUGGCUUACAGAGCGUCCAGUUCCCAUUGACGGAAGGGCAACUAGAUGAACUCAUGGAAAUAUUAGACACAGACAAAAACGGAGAAGUUGACAUUGCGGAGAUUCUUGCGAUCAACCGGAAACAUGCCAAUGUAAAGAUGAAGGCCAACAAGUUAGUUGCUGCUGAAAAGGAACGCAAACGUCUUGAGCGAGCCAGAGCUAAGCUUCCAAAACUGAAAUCAAACAAUAAUCUUGUAGUCAUUGAGAGCACAUUUGAUGACGACAAUGAGGAUACUAUGUGGGACACUUUAGAGGUUAUGCAGCGAUACUGAACUUAAACAAAACUUUUACAUUAAAGUGAUACUCACAUUACAAGUUUUGCAUUUUUUCCAUUGCCAUAAUGUGAUCAUUGGGUGCAUCAUUUUUGCCCCUUAUAGGGUGGUGACUUUAACUAGGGUGAGCGGUAUGGCGAUCACGGCGUAAUGACUUUUAGUAUUAUGGUGAAAAAAGAGGAGGGAAAACCCCAUGA